UGACGAGGUGAGCGGGCCACUUUCUACCAGCGGACCAUUGUUGGACACCAUUGAUAUAUAGCCAAAAAAAAAAAAAAAAAAGUCCGAGCUGACCUCUAGCCAAGAGUGUCGCCGGUGGACUUGACGCCUAAAACAAAACCACGAGCAAUGGUGCAGCUUCCUCCUUCCCCAACAAUGGGUGUCACCAUCACUGGUGAGCUGUCAGAGGACAGGAAGGAAACCCAGGAUGGUACUUGCUUUGAAUUCCCCACUGCAUAUUAUGAGUACGAAAGCUACAUUGAAAACGGACUCAUCUGCCUCAAACACAAAGUUCGCAACUUGGAGAAAAAGAAGUUAAAACUGGAACACUACAAGAGACGCCUGGACAGGGGUGAAGCUCUUAAUAAAGACCAAGUGGCUGCUGUUGCUACAUAUGAGCAAGUCGUACACAACUUGGAAUUUGCCAGGGAGCUCCAUAAAGUUCUGGAUAGUUUGACUCAAAGCCUUCUGAGAUCCCAGAAGAAGGCCUUGAAGAAGGAGCAGCUUGUAAAGAUGGAGGCGGACAGGAGACGGCUAAGCACUGUGCUCAAAGUGCAACAAAUCCUAACAGUCAUCCAAGAGGAGCACGUCCAAAAAGACCUGCUGAACGGACGUAACCAAGCACCUUACUUACCAGAACAUCGCUUGAACAGCCUGAGCCAGCUGGCCAAUUUGCUCGGAGCGAGGCAAGACGACAGACUCGGUUCACAGCAACGGAUGGAGCGAGCGGCUGGGAUAUACAUGGACCUUUUGGAGGGAAAAGAAGAAGCGGUGGCUGGAUCCACAUUCAAAUCCCUGAAAGAAGAGCUUACCAAAUUAUUCAACUACAAUUACUUCUUUCGUCUUCCACCCAAAGCAACUCAAGCAAUAGUAAAAGUGACACACACUGCAAUUUCCAAGGAGGCUAGUAAAGCUAAAAGACAGCCAUAUCCCAAAAGCCUGGAUGUUCAAAAGGGAUUCCCUGGAAUUCUGUUCAAUUCUUCCACAUUACCCAAAGACCCGACCAUGAGAAAGAAACACUUGGAGGACUUGAUGACAGAGAUCCACGGCUCGUUCAAUUUCAUACAGGAUUCUCUUCUCGAUUAUGAUUCGUCUUCAGAAAACGGACAUUACAGUUUUACAAGGGAGCCGUCGGAGUUGUCUUCACCUCCAGGAGCUUUAAGAAACUCUAUUGAUGUUUUGCCCAAAGAAAUGCAUUCUACCCCGCUCCCUGCCAGGAUACUGGACUCUAAAACCGCUCUGACAAAUGUGGACCAGUGCCUAAAAAACUACAGGGUGGAGAUUUCUUCAAAUGAGUCCCUGCAUUUGCCUGAACAGAAAACAUUAUCAUCCCCGUUGUUUUGUACCCAAGAGCCGGCAAUCACUUUACUUCAGGUAGAGCCUAAGUGUGCUAAUUCCAGCACCCAAACACCACCUGAGUUUGCGGCCUUUGAAGAUGACGCGCAAACAUGCGUUUUCCAGAGCAAUUUCGGGCCGCUAUGCGUUUCCAAGGACUCUCAGUCUCAACAUGUCUGUGGGUGUGGAGGACAGCAUCAUUCCAGUGUCUGGCGUAACGCCUCGCAAGUAAGCAGCCCAGACCAGGAAGAAGAAUUCACAGCGGUGGAUUCAGGACACGGAGAUUCCCUUCCAGUCUCCCUCAUGGAGGUUCCACACAGUCCUCACAGACACGAUCACGCUUCCGUACUUCCCGUGCAUCUCUACCCUCUUUCCCAGCCACUUCGAGUUGCUUUCACAGCCUCCCGCACAGCUAAUUUUGCGCCGGCCAACCUCGACCAGCCUAUAAUUUUCGAUCAGCUACACAGCAACCUCGGAGAGAUGUUCGAUACCCACAUCGGUCGCUUCACCUGCCCCGUUAACGGAAUAUACGUUUUCAUGUUCCACAUCCUGAAGCUGGCUAUUAACGUGCCACUUUACAUCAACCUCAUGUGCAAUGAAGAGGUCAUGGUGUCGGCGUACGCCAACGAUGGCGCGCCGGAUCACGAGACUGCGAGCAACCACGCCAUCCUGCCGCUCUUCCAAGGAGAUCAGGUUUGGUUGAGGUUGCAUCGUGGCGCUAUAUACGGAAGCACCUGGAAGUAUAGUACAUUUUCAGGUUUUUUACUUUACCAAGACUGAGAUUUGUCAAGUAAAGGGCUGGAAAUGUUUGGGUGGUGGGUUUGACGUUGACACGAAGAACCGGUUUUUGGAAAAUCUGGACCGGGAAGGUCAAUUUGAUCUCUUGAUGUGGUGGAAUACAACAUGAGCAGUGAUUUGCGUGCUUGUUUUCAUUUCAAACUUUACUUUUUUAAAGUGUUGCUUUCAAAUGAAUUUGAAUUUACAGUAUGCCUACUGUUUGGUCAUUAUAAACCCUUGAUAACUGAAUUUACUUUCAACAAAUAUGUUUAAAUACGUAAGUAC